CCGUUCCUGUUCUCUCAUUCAGGAGAAGCUUCCGUUUCGUCUCCGAAAGGACAAAAAUCGGGAAUUACCGAUCGAUGAAUCCGAGGGUCUGCUGAUCGAAACUCCGAAUUGAGAACCCGACAAUGGAGCCCUUCGAUGACGGCGGUUGGGAUCUUCUGGAUUACGGCAGCUUCAUCGAUGGCGUCGGAUCGACCGAUCUCUAUUGGGCCAACCCAAGUGACAAUGUGCAAGUUGAUGCUUCACUCCCUGGGGCUGCAACGCGAGGUGAGGAAUGCACAGAGAAAGAAUGCCCAAGGAAGAGGGGACGAAAUGAUCCGUGCAGCAGACUAGGGACAAAAGCUUGUCGUGAGAGACAAAGGAGAGAGAGAUUGAAUGACAGGUUCUUAGAAUUGAGCUUAGUGUUGGAACCGGGGAGAGCUCCCAAAACUGACAAAUUUGCCAUACUCAGUGAUGCCAUCCGUGUUUUGAAACAACUCAGAACUGAAUCGCAAGAGUUCAAAGACACAAAUGAGAAGCUCUUAGAAGAGAUUAAAAGCUUAAAGGCGGAGAAGAAUGAACUUCGCGAAGAGAAACUGGUAUUGAAGGCCGACAAAGAGAGGAUGCAGCGGCUAGUGAAAGGUAUGAGCGUCUCACCCCCUGGGUUUUUGCCAGCCCAUCCAGCACAAUAUCAUAGUGGGGCAAGCAAGAUGGCUGUUUUUCCAAGCUAUGGAUUUGUCCCAAUGUGGCAAUGUCUACCCCCAUCUACCAUGGAUACAUCAAAGGAUCAAGAGCUCAGGCCUCCCGCUGCUUAGGCAUAAUAGUUGCAAAUAUUUGAACUAUUUGGCUUUUCUCGCAAAUUUCCAACUUGUAAAUGCUGCUGCUGCUGUUCUUCUGUUGACCAACCCGUGGCUGGCUGUUACCUGAUUGGUAGGAAAUGUAGCUGUAUAACAAUGGUUUUCCAGUGGUUUUUCCAGUCAUCUACCAUCUCCUUAUUGUAAAUGCACAAUUACCAUCUUCGUCAUGAGAUCUUGGAAUAUCUUGAGAAGAA